AUGGCUUCACUAUUAACAAUCAUAUUCUGCUCAGUUUUUGUGUUCGGUUUGAGUUCGCCUUUGUCCGUGGCAGUUCCCGACGGCGGUUUUAGCGUCGAGCUGAUUCACCGUGACUCCCCGAGGUCCCCGCUCUAUGACCCCGCCGCGACCCAAGACCAGCGCUUGAGAAAUGCCCUUGCCCGGUCUCUCUCACGGGCAACCCGCCUCUGCCAGACCGACACCCUGCACAUAGCAGUUGAAGAGCCCGCUGCGGAGAUCUUCUCCAACAACGGGGAGUACCUCAUGAACAUCUCCAUCGGGACCCCGCCAGUCAAGAUCGUGGGGGUCAUGGACACGGGGAGUGAUUUGUUUUGGACUCAGUGCAUGCCCUGCGAUGGCUGUUACGAGCAGAUCAAUCCACUCUUUGACCCGCAAGAGUCAUCCUCCUAUCGGGACCUUCCUUGUACCUCAAGCAAGUGCAAAUUACUACCCCAGACAGGUUGUGAUCACGUUAGAGGACAAAUUUGCCAGUAUCACUACUCCUAUGGUGACAAAUCUUUCACGAAUGGAAACAUUGCCACCGAGACGGUCACACUGAACUCGAUCUCGGGCCAGCCCAUUUCGUUCCCCCAUACUCUGUUCGGGUGCGGGCACCAUAACAGAGGAACCUUUGGAGACAAGACUUCAGGCAUCAUCGGGCUAGGAGGUGGGGCGAUCUCACUCGUUUCACAGAUGGGUGAAACUGCAGGGGGUAAGUUCUCAUACUGCUUGGUGCCGCUCUCGCAGUCCGAAAAGUCGAGCCAGCUGAAUUUCGGGAGCAGGGCAGAGGUCACGGGCCCUGGAGCUGUCUCCACCCCAUUAGUCCAGAAAAGCCCCAAAACCUUCUACCACAUAACUCUUGAGGGAGUCAGCGUGGGAAGUUCCAGAUUCGAGUUCAGCGACUUGGACAGUCCGACAUCUAAGCGCAACAUAGUCAUCGACUCGGGGACAACCCUCACGCUUCUGCCAGAGGAUCUUUAUAAGGCCAUAGAGACUGCGCUCGUGAAGCUCAUCAAGUUGGAGAAAGCAUCCGAUCCACUGGACAUUCUUAAUCUUUGCUUCAAGACCGUGGAAGACACUGAAUUUGAAGCUCCAAAUAUCACAUUUCACUUCACCGGGGCGGAUGUGAAACUAGGUACUCUGAACACCUUCAUCAGGGUUGCCGAGGACGUGGUGUGCCUCUCUUUCAAGCCUUCUGAUGUUGACGUGUCCCUCUUCGGCAACAUAGCUCAGAUGAACUUCCUGGUCGGAUACGACACCCAGGAGAGAUCCAUUUCGUUCAUGCCUACUGACUGUUCUAACUUACAAGACACGCUCUGAUAUGUGAGAUGGACAUGAACAAAAG